UGGAUUUUUAUGUUAAACAAAACAUCAUUCUUUAGCUUCUUUAAUACGUCCAACAUKCAUGGGGACAGAUGGAUGCGUCUUUUUGAGAGAGGGGAAUGAGCCUGCAASCGRGCAAGCACAAACUCCUGCAAUGAAUUGGUAUGAAACGCCUUCUUUUGUAACACUUGCAGCAGAGUGCUCUGGUGAAUACCCGCUUGGCAUGGAAAGUGGUCGCAUAACCAGACAGCAAAUAUCCGCUUCUUCGCAGUGGGACAAAUACCAUGCUCCUGACAAUGCCAGACUUAAUUUUGUCGCAGGAAGAGGCAAAAAAGGAUCAUGGUCGUCAAAAACUGAGGAUCUAAAUCAGUGGUUCCAGGUGGAUUUUCUUAGAAAUGUGAAACUUACGAAGUUUGCCACACARGGAAGRCAAGACGGGCGACAAUGGGUCACUAAAUUCAAGCUCAGAUACAGUGCUGGGGGAUCACGUCCUGCAUUCCAAACUUAUCAAGAAGUUAGUGGCGUCGAUAAGAUUUUCAAUGGUAAUACUGAUCACACCUCCGUUGUCACUCAUACCCUGGCAGCACCAAUCACAGCUCGAUAUGUAGAGAUAAAGCCAAUCGAAUGGUACGCACAUAUCUCAAUGAGAACAGAGUUUUAUGGAUGCAUCCUUUCAGAGCGCUAUCAAGUGAUUGGACGAAAUGUGCACAUGGAGUUCGUACAAGAACAUCUCAGAGCAAAGGAAGGAGUAAACUUUGGCGACACCCAGGACAGCCCCAAUAACAUUAACCUUGAAGUUCUUGCUGAUACUAUUUAUGUUAAGACUCCAGUCAAAUUGCGAGGCUUAAAACGUCUAGCGAUGUUCAGUCGUAAAGUGUCCUUUCUUCAAGGAAGUAAGCUUGAUCUCAGAGCUCCCGAUUUGACCCAAACUAACCCCACGUUAAGCGCUGGUGAAGAUGGGAAUGACGGGAAGCAUGGAGUCGACGGGCCUACAGUUGAAAUCUACGCCGACACAGCAUCUGGUCAUAUUAUCAUUGAAUCAAGUGGUGGCCAUGGUAAUAGAGGUCAGGAUGGCAGGACUGGAAAGGCCGGGACGCCCAGUUCUCAUAGGCAACCUGAUAGGACAUUGUCAAAUUGUCAAGGCGCCGCAACGGGCGGACCUAGUAAUUUGGAUUGCAACAAAAGAAUCAAUGGAUUAAAAGGGAAGACUGGAGGAACUGGUUUUAAUGGUGGAUAUGCUGGAAAAUCAGGCAAUGGCGGUAACGCUGGUCAUCAGACAAUUAACAUAAAGAACCUGCAUGGAAAUAUUGAGCUAAAGACUUGCCGUGGGAAUGGAGGGCAGGCAUCAGCAAAUGGAUUAGGAGGGGCUGGCGGAGCUGGAGGACAAGGAGGAUUGGGKAUUGAAUGCUCAACAAGCUGCACCUUUACUCGUAGUCAUACGAAAGUUUGUCAGUGUAAGAAGAAAAGUACGUUACCAAGACAACAAGGAAGUACCGGACCAAGGGGCACUGCUGGGCAGACUUUAGUUGGACUUGGCUCAAAUGGGCAAGUGCAGCAGUCUUACCUUACAAAGCAAAGUCUUGAAACCAGCGCUAUAAACAAAUAUCCACUGGAGCUAAUCAAAAUCUUUAGUCGAUUGGCUGAGGACCGUCUCUGGGCGAAUGACUUACCUAUGGCUGUAGAMGUUCUUAAUUUCAUUGUCACAUUGACACAAGGCAGGGACGAUGCUGCAGAGCUUCGAAGAUUUGCAAAACGCAGGUUGGCUUUCCUGAACAAACCAGGUUUUGACCGAUUUGGAAAGAACAAGCUUUUUGUCCCAUUAUUAAAAUGGGAGGCUUUUAGAAAUGACGUUGUAAAUAUUCGAGACUACUGCAGAGAUUAUGAAACUGCUUAUAAUACACUUCAAGCAUCGAUUGAGAGGGAUGAAAAUACAAACGAAAUUGUACAAGCACGUCAGACAGCUGAAAUUCAAGUUACCAAAGAAAAAGAAAGACUCGAAGAGGCCAGGAGAGUUGCACUCACUGAGAAGGAGGCUUAUGUCCCGGCCAUCAAAGAACUUGAAUCAAGCAUGGACGGCUAUUUGGCACAAGCACGUGCGCUCCUGGCGGAUGUAAACGAACAAGCACAAUUCACCCAGGAAGACAUGUUUGCAGURCUUCAAGGCGCUACUGGGUUUCUCAGUGCCGCCGCAGGAGAUGAUCCAUUCGGAGCUCUUGGUGCUGCUAUUGAAACAGCUGAACACUUUGCUACACAGUGCAACGCCGGUACCUUACAGGACAAUCUGGGUCAUCUUACAAACUGGCUAAAUUUUGGUAAGGCUUACCAGAAGUUGGAGGAUUCCAGCGACCUUGAUUUUGAUACAAUGGACGUUGGAUCAGUGCCAGAAAUGAUGCAGGCUAAUCUUGAAAUGAAUAAGGAGGGCCUCACAGCAGACCUCGUGUGCCUGCUUGAAGAGCGUCUGCCACCAAACGCCGUGGCAAAAUUUAAAGAGCAGCUCGAACGGUUUUUUAUCGCUGGAGCUGCAAGGAUUGAUCUGAUCGCAAAGGUCAUCGAUUUAGACAAUGAGAUUGGUGGAUACAACUUUGACAUACCAAACUUGGAAGAGACAGCAAGUGAGCUUGAAAUGUUACGAAACGUUGGAGAUUCUCCAUUGGAAGACCAGGUCCAACAGAUGUUUCUUGACAAUCUCUUAACUUCUUAUCAGAAGAUGGAAGCCAGUUUUUCAAAAAAU